CGACCACCGUCCGCGUCUGUCUCCCGUGCUGUGGCCGCCGCCCGAAACGAUGCCCGAGAAGCCAUCGGAAUGCCCCCGGAGUCCGAGCCUCCCGUAGCCGCGGUCCCGUCCGCAGCGUAUCGUGCGAUCCUGACACCGGUGACGCUGCGUCCUGCGGCCAUGGCGUAGAGGGCGCAGCAUGCCUACCCCUUCCCAGGGCAGCGACCAGCAAGACUUGGCCAUUGCCGGAUUCCGCGCAUGCGCGCAGGAAGCCAUACGGUUCCUCAUAGAAGAAGAACACUUGCCGGGGGACGAUCCGCUGGUGCUGGGCCUCUGGAGACACCUUGCAAUGCAGGAGCUCAGCAUCGACCUGGACUCGAUGCUGAGUCAGUACGCCGCUGAAGGGGACUCGGGCAUCCACGACUCUUCCGAGGGGCACCCGAUGGCGGACGACGACGAGGGCGACUCCACCGGCGACGGCGGGCCCACGCUCGAGCAGCUGUACAGUGAGCUCAGCCAGCUGGCCAAGGGGGACGAACGAUCGGGCCGAAGUAGCUCGUCCGAGGAGUCCCCGGACAAUUCGACGAUGGCUUCUGGUCUGGACAUCUCCUCUGCGGGCGACGUGGUCUCCUAGCGCCUGCGAUGAUUCUGUGGUAGACUUCGCGUCAUCAAACUCUGUGGUGUUCAGGAGAUCAUCCCCAAACUGUUACGUGGUCCCAGUGAUUGUAUGUGUGUAUGUUUUGUUAAGAAGGAUCCUGGGUAUAACGUUUCAAGUCAAACAGGUGCGAAGCUAAGUGCAUCAACGUCAUUAUUCAAAUCGCGCCAUGCUGGCUAUUACCAGGUCUUCAUUGGUUUGGCAAGCUCGAACCUAC